AUGCUUCGUAAAACAAGAAAACGGUACAGAAGAGCUUGUCAAGUUUCUGGUCCUCCAUCAUCGAAGGAACAGAUCGUGGACCAUAUGGACCAGGAUGGUCCGCGUGAAUAUACCUUAGUGAAGAAGCGCAGACAACCAACAUCUGUUCAAACGAGAAGAACGAAAAGGCCAAAAAAACGGGGCGUUGAUCGUCCUGUUCGUCGCACUGGUGUCGGCCACCGCAUGAUUAUUGAUAUUCAUUUAGAAGUUUUAGACGAAUGUCAAAAAGGGGACACUAAACUGGUUCAGGAAGACUUUUUUGAAAUUUUGGUUCAAGAAUUCAUGGGUUCCAAGUUUAUAAAAGAAGAAAAUGCUUCUAAGGAACAGAUUCCGGGUUUAGGAAGGAAGACUUUGCACCCAGGGGAUGUGUUCCAAAGGAACAGGUUCCAAGUUCAGAUUCCGGGUUUAGGGAAGGAAGACUUUGUUCCGAAGGAAGAAGUUUUAAUGGUUGAUAUUCCUGAUGGAGAUGUUUUUAAGGAAGGUGUUCCUACGGAACAGGUUCCAAGUUCAGAUUCCGGGUUUAGGGAGGACAACUUUGUUACUAAAGAAGCUGUUCCUAAGGAAGAGGUUCAUAGUUCAGAUUCCGGGUUUAGGGAGAAAGACUUUUUUCCUAAGGAACAGGGUUAA